ACGAUGAUAGAGGUCAAACACCGAGAGCACCUGUCAUAUGUCGUCGGAUACAUAUCUGACCUAGGCACCUUCGACGUGGUCCUUAGCAUGCCGUGGUUAGAGGAACAUGACCCCGACGUCUCUUGGAAGAAGAGAUCUUUGACAUUCAAUUCCGAAUUCUGCAGCAUCCAGUGUCUGGAGCACUUCAAA